GUCUCCACCAUCCUCGCUCGCAUUGUAGCGGCGGGCAAGUGGCCAAUGGCUGGUCGGCUCGUCGGCCUGCAAGCCGUUUUGGCGAGUUGAGGCCAUCUCCCCAUCACGGCUGGGCCCAACCGCACCACCUCUCGUUGCAGGCUAGCCUCGCCGCAGAGGAAGGCAGGAGAUAGGGAGCAAGGUAUAGGCAUACACUUGACGAGUGGCAACAUGCCGCGGCUGACACGGGAGGAGCGUAUGCUCCAGAUGUACAUCCGUCAGAUUGAGCGCAUGGAGGGCGUCAAGUACGAGGAGGAGGACAAGGACAAAGACAAGGACGAGGCAGGGGCGGCCACCACCACGGCCACCACCACCACGGCCACCACCACCACCACCACCACCACCACAGCCACCGCAACAGAGGAGACGGCUCCCGCAGACGCAGACGACUCGGAGGGUCUGGGCGGGGAAGGCGAGGCUGGCGGUGGCAAGGCCGACGGCAAAGGCGAGCUGGUGGCCUCCGCCAUGGAAGGCGACUCGGAGGGCGAGCAGGCCGACAAGCCGGCGACAAAGGCGACGGCGAGCGGAAAGGCGGUCAAAACCAAGGCCAAGCCAAAGCCCAAGGCCAAGCCCAAGGCCAAGCCCAAGCCAAAGCCCAAGGCCAAGCCAAAGCCCAAGGCUAGGGCCAAGCCCAAGGCUAAGGGUGGCAAGGGUAAGACGUCGGCAACAGCGACGUCUGCGUCCAGCACAAUGGAGCCUUUGGCGGCACAGUCUCUGCCGGCAUCAGGUCUCGCCAAUGACGCCGCAGCUCCUGUUUCCGCUGCCCCGGCUGGUUCUGGUGCCGGCGCCGAUGCGGUGACGGGUAGUCUUGCCGGUGGCGAGGCUGAGUCUGUGUCUGCAACGCCUGCGACGGCGCCCGAAGCCACAGCAACCAAGGGCAAGGGCAAGGGCAAAGGCAAGGGCAAGGGCAAGGGCAAGGGCAAGGGCAAGGGCAAGGGCAAGGCGGCUGGCGGGACGAGCAAGGGCAAGGGCAAGUCGGCAGCAGCAAAAAAAGCGGCGGCGGCCCGCGAGCAGGCUCUGGUUGGGCUCUCCGCAGCCGAAGCCGAGGCUCGGAAGCGGGCGUUUGAGACAGACUUUACGCCGGACGACGGAAACGGGCGUGUAGCGCGAAAGCGCAAGGCGCCGACGGGCCAAGGAGGUCGAGCCGGAGCAAGCAAGCGAUCGCGCGCGCUGAGCGGCGGAGCGCGCGGCUCGGGUAGCAAGUCGAGCGGCGAGGCCGUCGAGUAUGAGUAUGAGGAGUACGAGGAGCUGAUCGACAAUCCAAAUGGGGUGCGGCUCUCUGCGCCACCGUCGCCGGUGACGCGGGCGGCAGGACGCGGGCGGGCACACGCGCUGGCGUCACUGGCGGUUGUUGCGCUCCCGACGGGCGAGGCGGCUACGCCGGCGUCCCCAGGCGCGGUUGUCUCGCCGAACGCCGCCGCCAUGCCGUUUGCUUUUAUCAAGCGGCACCGGAUCCUGACGGCGCAGACGGCAGCAGGCCAAGGCGGCUCGGCGGUGCCACCGUUCACGCCGCCGCGGGCUGCAGCAGGCUCGCGGCUGGUGCCCAAGAAGCACCGGGUGCUGCGACAGGCCUCGCAGCUGCGCGGAGCCAACGCACCGGCAACGCCAGUGGUGGGCAGAUGA